CAGGUGGAAAAUACGUCGGGGGUGGUCCAAACGUUAUACUUACAAAGAAAACGAAACCAGAAUUUUGGGUAGAAAUAGAUGAAAAAUUUUUGGUUAGAGAAGUCAGUAAGCAAUCUGAGGUAGAGAAGCUUGACAGUAAUGCAGUAGUAUAUGGAUUAUAUCGAAUCCGAAAGCCAGAUCAAGGGCAUGGACUUACAGAAAUUCGUCAGCAAAAAAUAAAUGAUUGGGAGAAAAAAAUGUGCAUUUCAGCAGAGUUAGAAAAAAUUCUUAAACGACUGAUUAAAUUACUUGAUAUAACUUAUGGUACUAUAUUUAAUAGUAGAAAGUAUCGAACAGAAUAUUAUAAUGAUAAUGCAUGGAAUGCUAUCAAUAAAGCUCUUCAAGGUCUACAAGCAAUAUGGCUUAUUGGACUCGGACUUGGAGAAGGCGAAACACUAGAAGAAAUCCAAUCAGUAUCGCAGUUUGUUCUAGAAGAUGGUCGUACAUUUAGGACAUGGAUAAAGCAUACAGAUAUUGUAAAAGCAUGUAAGGAAUUAUUUGAGGAUGCGGUAGACUGGCAACUUCGGGAAGAAAUAAUUAGUGAAAAAAAAGAGCAGGAAUUUCUAGAAUCACUAAAAAUAGUUAAGUUAGCAGAGCAGGUAUUUGGGGCAAACCAUGCUGGAAGUAAACUUGCUAAUGAAAUUAAUAAUUGGCAUCUGACUCCAGCUAGCUUUAAGCGGUUUGGACAUCCAACACAUCAUCUUGUUCGAGUAGCAGUAAAUAGAAAAUUGCCACAAGAUGAUAUAACUGGAUUUGCGCAGUGGAGAAGAAUGUGGGAAG